UAUAGCUCCAGGCCCCGCCCCCGAGCUGCGAUUGGCUUUCUGGAGACCGGGGGCGGGGCCAUGCGGACACAGCUUCCGGCGGAAACGUGGACUCGAAGCCGACUGAGCUGCUCAGCCAUGGGAGCUCCGGGUGGCAAGAUCAACCGGCCGCGGACGGAGCUGAAGAAGAAGCUGUUCAAGCGCCGGCGGGUGCUGAGUCGGGAGCGGCGCCUGAAGCACCGGGUGGUCGGGGCCGUGAUAGACGCGGGGCUGACCACGCGGCACCACCUCAAGAAGCGGGCGUCCAGUGCCCGUGCCAACAUUACUCUGUCUGGGAAGAAGCGCAGGAAACUCCUCCAGCAGAUCCGGCUUGCGGAGAAAGAGAAGUCAGCCAUGGAAGUGGAAGCCCCUGCAAAGCCAGCCAGGACUAGUGGACCACAGCCCAAACCAAAAAAGAAGACGAAGCCCCCCCAGGAUGUAGAGAUGGAGGACCUUGAACAUGGGAGCUAAAACUACCCACCUUAGCCCUUUCAUCACAAGAUUCUCACCCGGAGCUGCGGACUCAGGGCCUGUUCCCAAAGACUUUGGAUGAGACAUUUGGAUGAAACAUUGCACCCACUCUCCCCAGACUCCUCUUCCAUAAUGGCCUAGUGACCUGCCUGGGAGAUGUGUUGAGAGGCAGAGUGGAAAAGAAGGACCUGAGAGGCGGCUCCUUAGCAGUCAGCGCCAUUUGCAGUGAAGCCCAUAGUCCUGGUUG